AAACUUUGCACGUGCCUUUGCACGAGCUCCAGCACUGCGCGUGCAUUUGCACGAGCCUGAGCGUCGCACAGGCGUUUGCACAAGCUGCAAACUUUCAACACGUGUUUGCACAAGCCCCAAAUGUUGCACGUGCCUUUGCACGAGCCCCAGCAUUGCAUGUGCAUUUGCACGGCCCUCAGCAUCACACACAUGUAUUUGCACAAGCUGCAAAAUUUGCACAGGCGUUUGUACGAGCCCCAAAUAUUGCACGUGCCUUUGCAGGAGCCCCAGCAUUGCACAGGGAUUUGCACAAGCUGCAAACGUUGCACGAGAUCCAAGUAUUGCACGUGCCUUUGCACGAGCCCCAAACUUUGCACGUGCCUUUGCACAAGCCCGAGCAUUGCACAUGUGUUUGCACGAGCCCCAAACUUUGCACGUGCCUUUGCGUGAGCUCCAAGUAUUGCAUGUGCAUUUGCACAGCCCUCAGCAUUGCACACAUAUUUGCACAAGCUGCAAACUUUGCACAGAUAUUUGCACGAGCCCCAAAUGUCACACAGAUGUUUGCACAAGCCCCCAACUUUGCACGUGCCUUUGCACGAGCCCCAGUGUUGCACAGGUGUUUGCACAAGCUGCAAACUUUGCACCAACAUUUGCACGAGCCCCCAGCACCGCACGAGCGCUUGCACGAGCCCCAAAUGUCGCACUCGUGUUUGCACAAGCCCCAAACUUUUCACAGACAUUGGUGCGAGCCCCCAGCAUCGCACAGGCGUUUGCACAAGCCCCAAACUUUGCACCGACAUUUGCACGAGCCCCAGACGUUGCACGUGCAUUUGCACAAGCCCCAGCGCUGCACAAGCGUUUGCACAAGCCCCCACCGUUACCCAACCCUCCCCCCCCAGGGGAGGGCAGGGGUCGGGGGCGGGACCAGCCCCAUUAAAACCAGCAGCUCCCAGUUCCCCUCCCUUCCUCCGCUCCCAGUGACCCCCCGCUUCGUUCCCAGUCACCUCCCUCCUUCCCAGUGACCCCCCCUCCCCGGCCAUGCCCCUUCACUUCGCCCCCCUCCGGCUCCCCCUUCGCCGCCGGCUCCAGACCGCCGCCGUGCUGCAAUGGGUCUGCUCCUUCCUCGCCCUCGGCCAGCUGUGCGCGGUGCUGUUCGCCCUGGCCCUGCGCGGAUCGCUCUGGCUGCCGGCGCUGCUCUACGGGCUCUGGCUCUUGGCGGACCGUGACACCCCCCGCCGCGGGGGGCGCCGUUCCGCUUGGGUACGUGGGUGGCCGCUCUGGACUUACUUCCGGGAUUACUUCCCCAUCUCGCUGGUGCGAACAACGGAGCUGGACCCCCGCCGUAAUUACAUCUUCGGUUUCCACCCCCACGGGGUUUUGGCCGCCGGUGCCUUCGCCAACUUCUGCACCGAAGCGACGGGUUUCGGGGUGCUCUUCCCCGGGCUGCGCCCCCAUUUGCUCACCCUCCCCUGUUGGUUUCGUCUACCCCUUUUCCGCGACUAUAUGAUGUCCGGAGGGUUGGUGUCGUCGGAGAAGUCCAGCCUGGAGUACCUGCUGAGCCGGGAAGGUGGGGGGCAAGUGGCCGUCAUCGCCCUGGGGGGGCCCCCCGAGUCUUUGGACGCCCACCCCGGGGCUCUCACCCUCCAGCUGCUGGGGCGGAAGGGGUUCGUCCGCAUCGCCUUGGAGCAUGGGGCCUCCUUGGUGCCCGUGUUCUCUUUUGGGGAGAACGAGCUGUUUCGACAAAUCCCGAAUCCCCCGGGAUCGGGGUUACGGCAGUUCCAGCUCCGGCUCCAACGGAUUUGGGGGUGGCCAUCCCCCUUUUUCACGCUCGGGGGGGUUUUUCAGUACAGCUUCGGGCUCCUGCCCUUCCCGCCGACCCAUCCACACCGUCGGUAAGCCCCCAAAACUGGGG